GCCUUGCACGCAUUGGCCUGGGUUCAAGCCCAGCGACCUGUAUGGCCUCCCAAGCAUCAGAGUAAUUUCUGAGUGUUGCUGGGUAUGUCCCAACCUCCCCCUGCAGCAGCUCCCCGGACCCCUGCCAGAAGUGGAUAAAGUGCAGAAGGGUCCCCAGCACGGCAGGCACCCGUGAGGAGAAACUCAGUAAACAGUGAGGGUGCCUGCGCCCCUGAGCCCCCCGGGAAGUGCUCCCUGGAGGGGAGGGGUGGUGUGCAGAAUGGGACUGGUGGCCAAUAGGUGCUUUUUAAAGUUUCCUUUAUUGUUGGAGGGCCACUCCCGAUGGUGCUUGGGGACGCUAUAUGUGGUGCCAGAGAUUGAACCCAGGUCGGCUCUGUGCCAGGCAAGUGCUCCCGAGUCCAUUUGGGAUGAUGAGAAAGUUCUGGCAACGGAGGCUGCUGGUGGUGACCACACAUCACCUUAGGGCCUGGGAGGGCGCGGCGGCUCGAGUGCAGAGUUGUAUGUGUUGCCUGUGUCUGAGCUAGUGGGGCGGGAACGCGGGCGCUGCGAGCUCAGGCUCAGUCCCGGGUGGGACCCACACGAAGCGGCACCCGGGAGAACGGGGUGAGCGCAGGUCCUCAGGAGCCGCCACCCCCGGGUGCCCCGCUGUGCCCUGCCCCCUGCGGCCUGCGUGGCUGGGCUCAAACGGGAAUUGGCCGUGGGCUAGACGAGGGCCGUGCCCCCAGCACUGUCUCCAGCCCUAGUUUGUUUCUUUUUCAUUUCUUUCAUUAGACCAAUCGCUGUCAGUCGUUUCUUUCCCGCGCCACAACACUGUCAUGGCCACUUUAGAAACACCAAGAGCUGCUGCUUCCCACAGUCACUCCCCCUGCUUGCUGGACAGGGGGCCGCCGCGUGUACAGAUCUUCUCUUUGGAUUGUGCCAAAAAUGGUUUUACAACAUUUUUCAAGCACCCCUGAAAGACAAGCCAUUACACUAUUGACUUUUUUGGGGGCACACUACUCAGGCUGACUCCUGAGCGCUGCCAGCUGUGCUCCAUCAUCAGCUGGGGUGCUAGGGAUUAAACUCAGAUCAGCUGCAUGUAAGGCAGAUGCCCUACCCACUACCUCCCUGGCCCCGUCACAGUUUGCAAUUACAAAAACAAUCAUGGCAACCACAAUGUACAAGUUGGUGCAGUUCUAGAACGGAAGAUGAAGUAUAGCCCAGCUCCUGGGCCAGGAUAGGGACGGGGACACACACACACACACACACACACACACACACAUGCGCUCGCACACGCACACCCCUCCCCCCCAUUGGGUAGCUGGCAGUAUGAUGCUGUUUGAAGAGCAAGUGUUUGGGCGAUGUGGCUUGCAGCACGCCUGGCGGUUCUCAGAACUUAACCCUGGCUGCUCAGGGAUCACUCCUUGUGGGCUCCGGGGAUCAUACUUGGUGUCGCCCUCGCGCCUGACCUACUGCAGGCCCCCGAGAAGGUAGGCGCAGGUCUGCCCUGCUGAGUGCGCCAUAGUGGCAUGGUGCACGGGCCGGAGGCCUGCCUUUGCCGGAGCUGCUCUGUCCAGGGAGGAUUCCCACAAAGCUCAGGGGACCACAUGGGGUGUCAGGAAAUGGGCCGAGUGUCGUCGCUCCUGCCUGCAGUUCCUUGAGCACCUACUACAUGCCAGUGCCCAGCCGGGAGCGACUGUUUCUUAGUGGGAAAUGGGCUGAUGAGAGGCAGGUUCCACUAGGGGGGCGGGGAGGGCGGUUGCUGGGCAGCGCUGGGAGGAACCUCACUGCCCCUUCCUGCCCGGCGGCCCCGCUGGGCUCUCCAGACCUGUGCCGGAAGCCUGUAACUCGGCCCGGCUCCCACCUCCAGGCCCCCCUUCCCCGCAGGCUCCGGUGGCCGCGCCCAGAGCCCCACAAUGCUGCCAUUCAGCCCGGGCCUCGACACAGUCGGGCUGCAGGCGGGGACGCGGCUGCGCCUCCCUCCAGGCUGGACGAGGGGUUCGGGCAGCAUGGAGGGGCCCCGGGGCUCUGCUCGCGUCCUGGUGCUGCUGCUGCUGUCCCUGGGCCCAGCCUGGCAAACUGCUGCCCAGCGCUGCCCACAGGCCUGUGUCUGUGACAACUCCAGGCGGUAUGUGGCCUGCCGCCACCAGAACCUCACAGAGGUGCCGGAUGCCAUCUCUGAGCUGACCCAGCGGCUGGAUCUCCAGGGCAACGUGCUGCGGGCCAUCCCGUCCGCCGCCUUCCAGGCCCUGCCCUACCUGACGCAUCUGGACCUGCGGAACUGCCAGGUGGAGCGUGUGGCCGAGGGCGCCUUCCGGGGCCUGGGCCGGCUGCUCCUGCUGAACUUGGCCUCCAACCGCCUCCGCGCGCUGCCCCAGGAGGCGCUGGACGGGCUGGGCUCCCUGCGGCGGCUGGAGCUGGAGGGCAACGCGCUGGAGGAGCUGCGGCCGGGGGCGUUCGGGGCCCUGGGCGCGCUGGUCACGCUGAACCUGGCCCACAACGCCCUGGUCUACCUGCCGCCGCUGGCCUUCCAGGGGCUGCUGCGCGCCCGCUGGCUGCGGCUGGCGCACAACGCGCUCAGCGUGCUGGCGCCGGACGCCCUGGCCGGCCUGCCCGCCCUGCGCCGCCUCAGCCUCCAGCACAACGAGCUGCAGGCCCUGCCCGGGCUCGCCGUGUCGCAGGCCCGCGGCCUGGCCCUCCUGGAGCUGGGCCACAACCCGUUCACCUCCGCGGGCGAGGAGGACGGGCUGACGCUGCCGGGCCUGCGGGAGCUGGCGCUGGACCACGGCGCCCUGCAGGCCCUGGGCCCGCGGGCCUUCGCGCGCUGCCCGCGCCUGCACGGCGUGGACCUGCGGGGCAACCAGCUGGCCACGCUGCCGCCGCUGCAGGGCCCGCGCGGGCUGCGGCGCCUCCGGCUGCUCGGGAACCCGCUGUGGUGCGGCUGCGGGGCGCGGCCGUUCGUGCAGUGGCUGGCGCGGGCGCGCGUGCGCUCGGACGCCGCCGCGUGUGCGGGGCCGCGGCGCCUGCGGGGCGAGGCCCUGGACGGCCUGCGCCCCUCGGACCUGCGCUGCCCGGGGGACGCGGAGGAGGAGGAGGAGGAGGAGCAGCAGGCUUCUCCGCGGCCCCGCGCCCCAGCCGAGACGGACGGCGCGGCCCGGCCCUGCCCGAGCGCCUGCGCCUGCUCCCGCGACGCCCCGCACGGCAUCUGCGACGGCCGCGGGCUGCAGGCCGUGCCCCGAGGCUUCCCCGACGACACGCAGCUGCUGGACCUGCAGCGGAACCAUUUCCCCGCCCUGCCCCGGGCCGCCUUCGCCGGCCUGGGCCGCCUGGUGUCGCUGCACCUGCAGCACUGCGCCAUCGCCGAGCUGCGCGCGGGCGCCCUGGACGGCCUGGGCAGCCUGCUCUACCUCUACCUGUCGGACAACCGGCUCGCGGGCCUGAGCGCCGCCGCCCUCGCCGGGGCGCCCCGCCUGGCCUACCUGCACCUGGAGCGCAACCGCCUCCUGCAGGUGCCCGCGGCCGCCCUGCACGCGCUGCCCGGCCUCAUCUCCCUGCACCUGCAGGACAACGCCGUGGCGCGCCUGGAGCCGGGGGACCUGGCCGGCGCCCUGGCCUUGCGCUGGCUCUACCUGAGCGGCAACCGCCUCGCGCGCCUGCACCCCGGGGCGCUGGGCCCGGCGCCCGAGCUGGAGACGCUGCACCUGGACCGGAACCGGCUGCGGGCGCUGCCGCCCGGGGCCUGGGACGGGCUGCCCGCGCUCUUAGAGCUGCAGCUGUCGGGGAACCCGCUCGGCGCCCUGCCCGCCGCCGCCUUCCGGCCCCUGGGCCAGUCGCUGCAGCGCCUCUUCCUCAACAGCAGCGGCCUGGAGCAGGUCUCGCCCGAGGCCUUCUCGGGGCUGGGCCCGCGGCUCCAGAGCCUGCACCUGCAGCAGAACCGGCUGCGGGUCUUGCCCGCGCUGCGGGCCCUCGGCCAGCUGGAGCUCCUCGACCUCAGCGGCAACCCGUUCCACUGUGACUGCCAGCUGCUCCCGCUGCACCGGUGGCUCGCUGGGCUGAACCUAGAGGUGGGCGCCACCUGUGCGGCGCCAUCGCGAGCCCGUGGCCAGAGGGUGAGCGCCGCAGCUGCCGUCUUCGAAGCCUGCCCGGGCUGGGCCGCACCCACGGAGGGAAGACGGCAGGGAGCAGACCAGGCCAGCCGCAGGGCAAGUCGGGAAAGGGGACGGGACACGGCAGCUCUGGACCACCGAUGGCUGUCCCCGUAGGAGUCCAGGCCCAGCUCCCCUGGGACGGCGGAAACAGAAGUGGGAGUGUGGCUGCCAUCGCAGGAUGGGCCCACUCUGAGCUCCCGUUCUGUCCUGCAGAGCUGCACUUUUGACUUAUGGGGGUGGGGAAGGGCCUGGGUCCCACCCCCUGGGACCCAUGGUCCCUGUGCUCCCAGGGCUGUGACCUCCAAGAGCCAAAAUAAACAGGUUCGAGACGCCGCCGCCCUCCUUAGGGGGCCCUGCUGGGAGUGGGGGCGCGGAGGCCCGGCCAGCGGGCUCAGGGGCACUGGGAAAGAGGGAUGAGGUGAGGGCUCCGCCUCUGAAGGCCGCUGGGUAUUUAAUUCCCCUGGGGCUGCCUCGGGGCACACCGCCAGCCCUGGUCCUGGGUGAGAACAUGACGGGCUUCCCACCUGCGGCCAGUGGAGGUGCCUCGGGGUCUGCUGGGCUCACCGCCACGCGUCUCCCCUGCACUGUCACCCAAAGCCCCUUCCCAUGUCCGUAGUCUCGGGCGCCGGGAGCCUCGGGGAGGGAAGCGGCUUCCCCCUGUGACUGUCCUGGCCGGGCGGAAGGCCCAGGCCACAGUGAGGGGCAGUGCAGCACGGGAGCUGGCCGGUGACGGGGCACGUGUGGGCAGCUGGCGUGCACAGAAGGGGCCCCACCU